AUGAUGGUCCUGGACCCUGUGACUACCACCAAGACUUGUAUGAUGACUUCGACUGGGUACAUGUCAGUGCUCAAGAGCCUCACUAUUUGCCGCCCGAGAUGCCUCAAGGUAAUAUUUGAAGCUGAAGUCUCAGAUGGGAGAAAUGGCUACAUUGCCAUUGAUGACAUCCAGGUUCUGAGUUACCCUUGUGAUAAAUCUCCACAUUUCUUGAGGCUGGGGGAUGUAGAGGUCAAUGCAGGGCAGAAUGCUACAUUUCAAUGCAUUGCUACGGGGAGAGAUGCAGUGAAUAACAAGUUAUGGCUCCAGAGAAGAAACGGGGAAGAUAUUCCAGUUGCUCAGACUAAAAAUAUCAAUCACAGAAGAUUUGCUGCUACCUUUAAGUUGCAAGAGGUGACAAAAACCGACCAGGAUUUAUACCGCUGUGUAACUCAGUCAGAGAGAGGUUCAGGAGUGUCAAAUUUUGCUCAACUUAUUGUUCGAGAGCCGCCUCGGCCGAUAGCCCCCCCACAGCUGCUGGGCGUUGGGCCCACGUACUUGCUCAUUCAGCUGAAUGCCAACUCCAUCAUUGGGGAUGGACCCAUUAUCCUGAAAGAAGUGGAGUACCGGAUGACGUCUGGGACGUGGACUGAAACCCAUGCCGUCAACGCGCCGACAUACAAGCUCUGGCACUUGGACCCUGACACUGAAUAUGAGAUUCGGGUCCUGCUUACCAGACCGGGCGAAGGUGGGACUGGCCAGCCAGGGCCACCACUCAUCACCAGGACCAAAUGUGCUGAACCUAUGAGAACACCGAAAACAUUGAAGAUUGCUGAGAUCCAGGCCAGACACAUCGCUGUGGAUUGGGAAUCUCUGGGUUACAACAUCACUCGUUGCCACACUUUCAAUGUCACUAUAUGUUACCACUACUUCUGUGGACACAACGAGAGCAAGGCGGACUGCUUGGACAUGGAAAUGAUCUUAACCAACCCAGAAGGGAGGAAGGAGAGCGAGGAGACCAUUAUCCAGACAGAUGAAGACGUGCCAGGCCCUAUACCUGCCAAGUCAGUGAAAGGAACUCCUUUUGAAGAUAAGAUCUUCCUCAACUGGAAGGAACCUGUGGAUCCAAAUGGCAUCAUUACUCAGUAUGAGGUCAGCUAUAGCAGUAUACGGUCAUUCGAUCCUGCAGUUCCAGUCGCGGGACCUCCGCAAACCGUGUCAAAGCUGUGGAACAGCACGCACCACGUCUUCUCACACUUGCAUCCUGGUACUACUUACCAGUUCUUUUUACGUGCAAGUACUGUCAAAGGGUUUGGACCAGCAACCACAAUCAAUGUAACAACCAACAUCUCAGCUCCCACUUUACCAGACUAUGAAGGAGUCGAUGCAUCUCUCAAUGAAACUGCUACUACAAUAACUGUGCUCUUGAGACCAGCACAGGCCAAAGGCGCACCUAUCAGUGCCUACCAGAUUGUUGUUGAGGAGCUGCACCCGCACCGAACAAAGCGAGAAACGGGUGCCAUGGAGUGCUACCAAAUCCCCGUCACCUAUCAGACCGCUCUUAGCGGAGGGUCGCCAUACUACUUUGCAGCUGAGCUGCCCCCAGGAAACCUGCCGGAGCCAGCCCCCUUUACCGUGGGUGACAACAGGACUUACCAGGGUUUCUGGAACCCACCGCUGGCUCCUCGGAAAGGCUACAACAUCUAUUUCCAGGCCAUGAGCAGCGUUGAGAAGGAAACCAAAACUCAGUGUGUUCGAAUAGCUACAAAAGCAGCAGCAACAGAAGAACCUGAGGUGAUUCCAGAUCCAGCUAAGCAAACAGAUCGAGUGGUGAAAAUAGCAGGAAUAAGUGCUGGAAUUCUGGUAUUCAUCCUGCUUCUCCUUGUUGUCAUAUUGAUCGUCAAAAAAAGAUAUAUAACUUGGAGAAGAAACGUCUGCAUUAGAAACAUUAGGAGGAGCUACUAUUCUUACUCCUACUAUCUCAAACUUGCAAAGAAGCGCAAGGAUGCCAUGGGGACCACCCGCCAGGAGAUGACACACAUGGUGAAUGCGAUGGAUAGGAGUUACGCUGACCAGAGCACCCUGCAUGCCGAGGAUCCCCUUUCAAUCACAUUUAUGGACUCUCAUAACUUCAGCCCCAGAUUGCCCAAUGAUCCACUUGUGCCGACAGCUGUGUUAGUGCCUAUUACUGAUGAAAAUCACAGUGCGACAGCAGAGUCCAGCCGGCUCCUGGAUGUCCCUCGUUACCUCUGCGAAGGCACAGAGUCCCCCUACCAGACUGGGCAGCUGCACCCUGCCAUCAGGGUGGCUGAUCUGCUGCAGCAUAUUAACCUAAUGAAGACCUCUGACAGCUAUGGAUUUAAAGAGGAGUAUGAGGUGAGAUACUCAGUGGUGGGUUUUUGCUAGGAAAAAUCCUUUUGAAAGGGGCAGCCUUUUGUUUGUAUUGCAUUGCAAAAGGAUGCAACUAAAUGUCAUGGGUUUAUGUGAAAAACACAUAAAGAUAAGCAGGCAUAAGAUUCCUAUAUAUAUGUAACCCAAA